AUGGAAGGAGAAGAAGAGCGCAACGGUGAAGCCGCUGAAUGCGCGAAAUCCGAAGGCUCUGACUCUGGGGAUGACGCCCCACCGCCGCCGCCGCUUUCAGAAGCUCCAACAACGAUUGGACGUGACUCCAAGUUGAACUUGCGCAUAAGUUUCACCUUGGCGAAGGCUUGCAAGUGCAGUCUCUGCGGGUCCUUAAGCACAGACAAGAACCCGUUGGUCAAUCCAACCGAGGAUGCCAUGUUAGAGAUGCCUAACCGGCCUUGGGCCAAGUACAGAAAAGUCUACCCUGCCAACGAAGCGCCUGCACGUGUCCCUGAAGGUCUUGACGCAGUCCAUGGGACUUACGCGGCCUACUACAAGUGGGUGUCCGACAGGUCCAGACAGCAAGAGCACAAGAGCUUCCUCAUCUCGGUGAGAGACUGGAUUCGCCAACACAACGAAAAUCCAGACAAAGUCAAGUUGCGGAGCAAAGACGAGUUAAUGGAGGCGAAAAAAAGCCUGACCGUAAAGAAGGACACAGGAGGCCGUUUCGAAUUGCCCAAGAAGCAAUUUGUGUGCUCGAGCGCGUGGGAUGAGAAUAUCCAUGGAAAAUGGGACCCCUCGAAAGAAGUGGAGCAGGAGAUCCGCGGACAGAAGUUCAAGGGAGUGUGGCGUACCGUCGGCAAGGAGGGCGUGUUCGACUUCACUGAGUACGAGGAUGUCGGGCUCUCUGAGCAGGUCGAAGAGCACAGCUUUGACCACGAAGCCUUCGGCGAGAAGGCUUUUGAACGCAAGAAAGAGGCGCUGCAUACUGCUAUGCAGGCACAGUCGCGAGCCAGAGAUGCUUCCGCUGUCAAGGGAUCCGAGGCAACCAUUGAGAGCAUGAUGGCUUUGGUGCAGCAAAUCAGCUCGUCCUCUGGUUCUUCUUUUCAGGACAAGCCUUCGGCAACGCCAGCUUCGCCAGUGAAAGUCGACGACACCAUCGACAGCAGCAGCGACUCCAGCACAGAAGAUGCAGGGCCAGGGCCUUCGGCCGGGUUGUCGAUGCUCGCCCCAAUAGCCAAGAAGGCGGCAAAAGCAGCAGCAAGUGCCAACAAAAGCAGUGCCAACAAAAGCGGUGCCAACAAGUCUGCGCCAGCGACUGCUACGGUGCCUUCCAAAGCCAAGGAGGUGAAGUCAAAGGCGCCUGCAAGCGGAAAGACACCGACACUGCCGUCCUCAAAGGCUGCGGAGUCCAGGGAUUCCAAAGGAAAAAUCAAACCGGGUGUNNUGUGGCGUCGGCUCCUUCAAGCGCUCCUGAGAAAAACGCUGCCACCGGCAUGCUUGUGCUCGAUGGGCGCGCAAACCGCACGCUGA